AUGGAAAGACUUCAACGUUUAUUUGGAUCUGCUGCUGCUGGUUUAGGACAGGGAAUGCAACCUGGUAUGGAUACACCUACUGUAGACAAUGCUGAAAUGGUUUAUAUUUCGUCUUUGGCUCUUUUAAAGAUGUUGAAACACGGUCGUGCUGGUGUCCCUAUGGAAGUGAUGGGUUUGAUGCUGGGAGAAUUUGUUGACGAUUAUACUGUUCGUGUUAUUGACGUAUUUGCUAUGCCACAAAGCGGUACUGGUGUCUCAGUAGAAGCUGUCGACCCUGUUUUUCAGACCAAGAUGUUAGACAUGUUAAAGCAGACAGGCAGACCAGAGAUGGUUGUUGGAUGGUAUCACUCUCAUCCUGGUUUUGGCUGCUGGUUAUCUAGCGUUGAUAUUAACACACAACAGAGCUUUGAACAAUUGAAUCCAAGAGCAGUUGCAGUUGUCGUAGAUCCUAUUCAAUCAGUAAAGGGCAAAGUAGUGAUUGAUGCAUUCCGACUUAUCAACCCUCAAACAGUCAUGCUUGGUCAAGAACCACGUCAGACAACCUCAAAUAUUGGUCAUUUAAACAAGCCAUCUAUUCAAGCAUUAAUCCACGGCUUAAACAGACACUACUAUUCGAUUGCUAUUAACUACAGAAAGAAUGAAUUAGAAGAAAAGAUGUUACUCAAUUUGCAUAAAAAGGAUUGGACUCAUGGUCUGACAUUAGACAACUUUACUGAGCAUACUGAAAUGAAUGAAAAGAGCGUCGCCAGCAUGUUGACACUAGCAGAAGCAUACAACAAGUCUGUACAAGAAGAAUUAACAAUGACACCUGAACAACUCAAAACAAGGCAUGUGGGUAAACAGGAUCCCAAGCGUCACUUGGAGGAUAAGGUUGAAGCAGUCAUGGGUAACAACAUUGUCAUGGCAUUGGGAACAAUGAUUGAUAGCGUUAGUUUUUAA